UUGAGCAUCCAAGUAGGAAAAUAAUAGCAAUGGCAUCCAAACCAUGCUCUACUUUUUUUACAUUCCCUCUUCUUCACCUUGUCAUGCUUCUAUUGCUCCCUCUUUCCAUCCAUUCCCAUUCCACUCAACAUCAGGAACCCUUCAAGUCCCUAGAGGGAUGUCACAAGGGUCAGACUCUCAAAGGGCUUCAUAAAAUCAAGCAAUAUCUUGAGAAGUUUGGUUACCUCCCUCACCAUCACCGCAACAAAACCGGCAGUGGUGAUGACGACACGUUCGAUGAUUCCCUGGAGUCAGCCGUUAAGACUUACCAGCUCAACUACCAUCUCAAUGCUACUGGUGUACUUGACGGGAAGACGCUGCAUGACAUGGCGUUGCCACGGUGUGGUAUCCCAGACAUUGUAGAUGGACGUAGUUCCAUGCGCUCUGGUAAGAAGCGUCAUCUUGGGUCCAUGCACCACACUGUGGCCCAUUUCAGCUUCUUUCCCAACAACCCCAGGUGGCCUCCUUCCAAGAGACAGCUCACCUAUGGUUUCCUCCCUGGAGUUCAGGUCAUUGGCACACAGAACCUGAGGUCCGUUUGCAAAAGCGCUUUCGAUAGAUGGGCACGCGUGAGCCAUUUCACGUUCCAGGAGACUCAAAAUGUUAACACUGCAGAUCUCAAGAUCGGAUUUUAUAGGGGAAAUCAUGGUGAUGGGAGUUCAUUUGAUGGGCCCGGUCGUACAGUUGCGCAUGCUUUUGCACCUACUGAUGGAAGGUUCCAUUUCGAUGCAGAUGAAAGGUGGGCCAUUAACCCAGUUACAGGUGCCAUGGAUGUGGAAUCUGUAGCCCUGCAUGAGAUUGGGCAUUUACUUGGACUUGGCCACUCUUCAGUGCCCGAAGCUAUAAUGUUUCCCACUAUUUUAGUAGGGGCGAAGAAAGUGAAUCUGCAUGGGGAUGACGUGCAGGGAAUUCAAACCCUGUAUAAUACGCCUUGAUGAUGUCUACGUCAUCAGGUGUUUACCUUCUGCUGAUUGGGUUAAUUACUUUUGCUUUGUUUUAAGUCUAUGUACGUUGGAUUAAUUAUGUUCUAAAAGGAUUUUUGCUUUGUUUUAAGUCUAUGUACGUUGGAUUAUGUUCUAAAAGGAUUGUUUAGAUCUAUAUUUAAAACUCUUAUAGAGAAUGAUGAAGUUGGAGUCUGUUAA